AUGAAUAAAACUCAUCCCAAGAGAAAUGGUGAUGUAGCUCCUUCUCUUUCUUCACAGAAGGACUUUGUUGAAUCAGGCUGCUGCCAGCCACGCAGGACCCACGGGGGCUGCACGUGGAGGCACAUCUGCAUCUCUGCCACCGUGCUGCUUGUCCUCGCUGCCACUGUGGGCUUGGCCGUGGCACUGGGACUCCUGUCACGUGUGCCAGUGAACCGCUUCUGUACAGCCUCCAAUAACCGGACAGGCUUCUUGUGUGAUGACAGUGUGACCUGCAUCCCAGCCAGCCAGGUCUGUGACAGAGUCAGCAGCUGCAGGAACGGAGAGGAUGAACAGGAGAAACUCUGUGGUGACUUGCCCCGCAGCCUUCCAGGAUACCUGGUUUUCCGCUGCAGUAACCCCGUGUACUGGGUCUACGCUGAUCAGAGGUGUAACGGGAUGAACGACUGUGGAGACUGCUCCGAUGAGAUGGGGAGCUUGGCUGCCUGCCCCCCGUGCGGGUCGGCGUGGUGGAGCUGCAGUCCUGUGCUCUACGAGUUCUGCUCCUGUGUCCCCAGGAGGCUGUGCCGGGACGGCGUCCAGCACUGCCUCAGCUGGUCUGAUGAGUAUGUCUGCAGGCCGUGAAGUCCUGGCACCCAGCAGCGCUGGAGACAGCAGGGUGCUUCCUGCAUUGUCACCUCUAAGCCUUGGUGUCCUCCUGCUCUGCCACCUGCUUGGGAAGCUCCAACCCAAGCAAAUCCUCAGCAGCAGCACACAGAGCAAUGCAGGGAUGAAGUGUGUAUGGCAGCUCGUGCUGCAGGCUAGACACUGGCUGUGGGACACUGCCACGGUUCUCCUGUCGUGCCAGGGUGAGUCCUUUCUACAUGGGCAGAGCACUGACUCCAAGGGUUGUGUGUGAGCUGCUGGAGACUGUUUGCCAGCUGCUGCCAACACAGAUACCGUGUCAUUGGACAUUGUAGAGAGGUUGGUGCUGGUCUCUUCUCACAGGGAUAGUGACAGAACAAGAGGGAACGGCUUUAAGCUCCAACAGGGGAGG